AUGUGGGGUGCGAAGGUGGAGCCCAAUGACAUGAGCUACACUGCUGGCAUGAGCGCUUGCAGGAACGGCUUGCAGUGGCAGCGCGCUCUGUCGCUGCUCGGCGAGAUGAGGGCGGCGAAGCUGGUGCCCAACGCCCUGCUACAACGCUGGGGUAAGUGCGUGCGAGAAAAAUGGGAAAUGGCAACAGGCUCUGUCGUUGCUCAGCGAGAUGCGGGAGGCGAAGUUCGAGCCCGACUCAGCUUCACCGCUGGGAUCAGGGCGUGCAAGAAGGGCAGGCAGUGGCAGCAGGCUCUGUCACUGUUCAGCGAGAUGCGGGAGGCAACCUUGGAGCCGAACGUCGCCAGCUACAGCGCUGGAGUUGGCGCGUGUGAGGAAGGCGGGCAGCGGCAGCAGGCUCUUUCGCUGCUCAGCGAAAUCGGCAUGUGA